UUGUAUCAAGGUCUUUACUUUUUAGGGUUUAUUGUCCCCUGUAACACCAAAAUCUCAAAAUUUCACAUUUUUAGGGUUUAUCAAACACAAACACAAAAAUGGGAAGAGCUAAAAAAGGUCCCAAAUUUGCUACAAUGAAGAAAAUGGUCACUCGCAAAGCAAUUAAACUACAUAAAGAAGAGGUUUUGAACCCAAAUAAAAAAGAUUUAACUAAAGAAAACCUCCCCAGAAACGUACCUUAUGUAUCAUCUGCUUUGUUCUUUACUUACAAUACUGCUCUUGGACCGCCUUAUCGAGUUAUAGUUGAUACUAAUUUCAUCAAUUUUUCCAUCCAAAAUAAAUUGGAUUUGGAGAAGGGAAUGAUGGACUGCUUAUAUGCUAAAUGUACUCCAUGUAUUACCGAUUGUGUGAUGGCUGAACUUGAAAAGCUUGGUCAGAAAUACCGUGUUGCUUUGAGAAUUGCCAAGGAUCCUAGAUUUGAAAGGCUUCCCUGCACUCAUAAAGGAACUUAUGCUGAUGACUGCAUUGUUGAAAGAGUUACACAGCACAAGUGUUAUAUGGUAGCGACAUGCGAUAGAGAUUUAAAGCGUAGGAUUCGCAAGAUACCUGGUGUGCCAAUUAUGUAUAUCACCCAACACAAGUACUCUAUUGAAAGAUUGCCUGAAGCAACAAUGGGUGGUGCUCCAAGAAUAUGAAAUUGAGGUGUUUUUGCACGUUGUCAAUGAUCAGAUUUGCUCGAGUUGAAUCUCAGAUCUCGUAGAAACCACUGCCAACUGUUACAAGUGUCUAUCGUUCUUCAAGAUUGUAUCACCUUUUUAUAUUUUUAUUAUAGAGGCAAUCUUAUAAUGCAUAACGUUUAAUUACUUGAGAAGCAAUUAGUGUUCUAUAAUUUAGUUUUCAAUGACACUGUUUGUUCCUAUCA